AGUCACACAGAAAGUAAGAACCUCUAUUUUUGAUCAAUGUUAUACUUAAUUCUUAAUUAUUAUAAUUCACACAAAAAUAGGAAAUAUUUUCGAUUGUUAUAAUAGUUUUCUAUAUAUAAAUAAUCUAAUGUUUACAUAAUAGAGAAUUAAAUAUUCUGUGUUUUGCCGAUUAUUCCUUACUCAUGGCAACGCCGAAUUGCAUUCUAUUUUACAUGGCAAAUAACGGUGGUAGCAGUGAUGAGAUUGAAAAGUACAAUGGACGGGUGAAAUUUUUGCCAUUGUUUUUAAUGUAUUAAUUUAAUUAUUAUUUUCUGAAACUAGUUUACGAUAGCUGAGAAAAUAGCGGUAAAUUAUUUAUAAUCUAUUGUAGUCAGUGACCGUACUCCUGUAUAAGAAUCUAUUGUAAUUGUUGAUGUUUAAAAAUUUGUUGUGCCAAAAUGGAAUUGUCAUCGGGUAAUCCAACUUCCCAAGACUUUUUAAAACACAAAAGAGGACAACGAAAUUCAAACUCUUCAUUGCCUCCAUAUUUUUCUGAUGUAGAAGUUGAUAUCAUAGAUAUUAAUAGCAUACAUUUUGAAGAUGAUGAAUCCUGGUUGUGCUCUUCUAGUAGCGAAAAUCCCGUUUUAGAUUUACAUAAAUGGUUAUGCAAAGAUUUAGAUACAAAUUCUACACCUCUUACAAACAUCACAACACAUAUCGAUUCACAGAAGAAUGUUGACUCUAGAACAUUUACACGUCCAAAGAAAAGGUUUACACGUCCUUCUAUAGAACGAUACAAUGAAGAGAUGUAUGGUAGUAGCAGUGAAACAAUUACUAUACAAACAAACUCUAGAAGUUUCAUAAUAGAAGAAAAUUCAGAGCCUAUAAGAGAAACUGAAAUGCCUGUUAAUUUUGAUUUAUCCCUUCCUUCCAGUAGCUAUUAUUUUGACAAAAUGAUAGCAGACUUAGGAGAGUCAGAUUCAUUUCAAAACAUGUCCCCACCAAGUCUUGUAAAUUCCAUGUGCUCAUCAACUUUUGCCAAUCUUAUGGAAAGUAGUUUUAUUAAGAAUGAUCCUAUUUUAAGAGAAAUCAGAGAUACUGACUAUUCUGAAACUGUAUUAUUGCAAGAUUCUGAAGCUCCAAUGUUCCAAUCAAUAACUGAAAGUUGCAGCAGUAUUAAUUCUGACACUCCUGAAAAUUUCUUAAAAAAGGUUUCUUUCAAUGGAACAUUUAAAAAAAAUACAUGGAAAGAAGGAGAUAAGCAGAAAAAUACAGAUACAACUUUUAGUAAGCCUGUUGAAUUAGAAAAGGAAGGGGACAAUACAAUUAAAAAUAUUUCUGAAAAUUCCGCAGGACAAAACAACGAAACUUGGGUUAAUCCAAAUGGUACAUAUCGUAGAAUUACUAAACAUAAUGGCACAUUCAAAAAGUCUGAUAUUAAAAAGAAUCAAAAUGUUUUAAAUACAACAUUUGAGACAGAACCCCAGCAAAAAAUUAACCCAAAUACAACACAUGUGCUUAUAAAAGACUGUAAUGGUGUUGAAAACAUGAAAAAAGAAUUAUCCGACAACAUGGAUAUGUAUACAGAUUUAAAUAGGUUAAGUUAUUGCCUUGAAAAUGAUAAUAUAGAAUUACAUGAAACAUAUGAUGAUAUAAAUGGAUCCUCAAAUAAUUUGAAGACUUCUAAUCUAAGUGGCUCUGCUGGUUCUGCAGACAGUCUUGAUAGAUUAAGCAGUAUGUCAAGCAGUAGUAGAGGUUCAAACAAAAUGCUCAAUAUGGCAGAUGUAGAUGCCAUCGUAGAGAUGCAGGAAAGAAGUCUCCAACAAGUGAUGUCAACUCCAAAAAUAUCGACAGCUUCCAAAAAAUUAUGGGACCAUAAUUUCAUAUCACCUAUAACCACAGUAGAAACCAUAUCAGAUUCUGACCAUUCAUCUAACGACGACUACAAAAGCGUCCGAUCGACCAUAUCAUCAAAAGGAUCUUUAGAUCAAUUCGUCGUUAAACAACAACCAAAAAGCUUAGGUUAUGCACCGAUUUCCUUAGAUGCAACAAUCAAAAUUAGUCAAAAAGGUUCCUAUACUGCACCAGCUCCCAAACCUUUGCCAGUAACUAGACCCUAUGCUAAGACUAAUUCAUAUUCUAACCUCAAACCUAUGAACUCGAACAUACCUGGUAGUUACUCGAAUAUUUAUAAAAUGAGUACUGCCAAACAACCAUCUAUUAAUAUGGGGUCUAAUUUAAAAACUAUGGGUACAAAACUGAAGGUUUCUUAUACUAGUCUAAGACCCAUGAGCUCUAAUCUACCAGUGGCGCCACCACUAAUUAGUUCCAAUACAACGUCGACGUUGAAUAAAGCAACUCCUCUGAAUAUAGUAGAAGUACAACCGAUGCCAAGAGAAAAAAUUGCGUUAGUAGGUGACAACACAUUUGUAAAACCCCAUCCAGUAAAAGCUAGUGGCUUACCAAGACCCACAGGAAUACCCAGGCCAGCUUCUAAAAUACCCGCACCUCGUGGUAGUAAUGUAAGGUAAUGUUGUAAAAAUGUUGUCCCAAAAUUUUUGAUGUGAAAUUUUUCGUUUUCAUGUUGAAAUCUCGAAAUUCGAAACAAAUAAUCGAUCGUUUUUUAUUAAGAUUAGAUUGAGAAAACAAAUUCACAUAACAGUGAUACGAAAUUGAGUAAAAUAACUAAUUCUUGUGAGUUGCAUACUAUACUUUUUCUACGACUUUUUAUAUUACAAAUUUGGUAAAGUAUUCGCCUCAUGAAGACUUCAAUUACAAAUAUUUAUUAAUAUUUAUAUUAUUAUUGAUGAUGCUGAUGACAACAUGGAAUAUUGUGUCCAAAAUGUUUUUUUUUUCACCAGUUUGGUAAAAUUAAAAUUUUCUUUGAAAAAGGUACAUUUCUACCAAUUUUUCCAAUUCAUUAAGAGAGAUAAAAUUGUUGAUGUUAUUUCUUUUAUGUUUAUUGUUACAAAUUAAUAUAUUGAAAAUGACAUUCCAAUUUAAUUUGAGGAACGGUCCCAAUGGUGAAAUAAUAAACUGAAAAAGAAUAAUAAAUACGAAAAAAUAUAGAAUGAUGUAUGAAUUCCAAUAGCUGUAUAAAAAUGAUUAUCAUUACAGUUGUAGAAAAUGCUUUUAUUAUGAAUUUAUUUAUUUUGAUCUAUAUUUCAAGUUUUUUUAUUGUAAACUAAUUUAUAUAAAAUUCUAAUUUAUGUAUUUAUUUACACUAAUUUAUAUAAUUAACUUGAACUACACUAAUUUAUUUCAAUUAAUUUUUUUUUAUAUAUAUAUCAAAUUGAAAUGAUAAAAACAUCAUCAAAACAUCAAUUUAUCUGAAAGGAAAAAAUAUCUAUUCAGCAUAAAAGUAAUGUUGGUUUGUUUUCUCAAAAUUUCCUCGCCAAUAACGACUAAAUUUUUUCUUAUUUGAUCUUAAUAUAUUUAUUUUAAAAUUUUUAAUGAUACGAGCUCAAAUCGAUGAUGCUUUAAUAUACAAAAUGGUCCAGACUUAAGUCCAUUAAUUUCUAGAACUGAGAGUAUGUACAAAAAUAAGGCAAGGCGCAAAUUAGGACACGUACAACACGUGUGAGUUAGCGUGACACGUGCUGCGUGGGGAUCCGCAUAUUGAGUCACGCGUUUUCAAAUAGGAAACGGUGGGGUUUGGAUUUAAUUGGCAGUUUGCGACAUCAAAAAUUGUCUGACAUUACUGACAAUCGAGCAAAACAAUUGUUGUUAUUGAACUUAAGUUCUGAAUCAGAAUCGGAUGAUGCUGAGGAGGAAAUGUUGUUUAAUUUCUUGAUGAGGAAGAAAUUUAAAUCACCUAUUAAAUUUAUUCUAUCGAAGAGAAAAAACCGUGGACAAUUCAAAAUUAAGUACAACUAAAAUGAGUGGAUACUGAUUUUGCUAAUUAUUUCACGAAUGAAUCGAAACAAGUUUGCCGAAGUACGUAAAACAUUUGCAAAAUCACCCCAAAUCCAAUUCUUCAGUUUCAUCUUCAUAUAAUCACUUAUAUCCCUGUGUUCCCUUACCGCCUUACUAACUUUUCUUCUGUCGUUUUUUCGUAAAAAAAUUAAGGAAAAACUUGCUAGUCACCCACACGUGUGCCUAAGGAUAUUUUUCAAAUAAUCAAAAAUUACAAAAACUUUGACUUAAUUACCCACCACAUAUGUAUUUAUAUGAGAUGAGCUGAAAUGAAUUGUCCUAAUUUCUUAUUAUCACUGAACAAAAAUCAACAUCACUAUGCAGAUAUUUGAAAAAUAAUUUUCUCAGUGCACCUAAUUAAAUAAUUUUCUUUUCUUUAUUAUUCAGUUUUUGAAAAAAGUGUACAGUAACUCUGGACCAUCUUGUAUAUAUUAAACUAAUAAUCAGACUGUUAUUAUUAUAUAAUACAAAAUAUUCUUGUUAGUUGUUUGUGUGAGAUAGUAUUGUUAUGUUUCACUUUGUAUUUACGAAAUAUUUUAUUAUGUAAAUAAAUUUGUAUUUAUGAUUUACAGUGAUCAUCUUGAAGUUCUCAUUAGCGCAAUUUAGCCCCGCACUUUACUUAAGCGAUUGUCUCUCAAAAACGAAACCUUUAUAUAUAAAACAGUUGAAAUCGUUAAAAUGUAAACCAAUAACCUUAACACGUUGACUGACUAGGCGAUUUUCAGAAUUUGUUUUAAUCGUAUUAUAUCACUAAAAACACUAAUUUAGAUAAGUUAUCAUCCAAAGGUGUAGAAAAUAGAGGCUUUAAAAAAAGUAUAAUGAAUUAUUUGUCUUGGUUGAUUUUUUUAACAAAAAGCUUUUUGGGGAAUUUAAUUAUUUCCUAGUUGGCAGUUAACGUGUUAUUUUUGCCUUCGGAUGAAUCUACUAAAAAACGGACAAAAUCUUAUUUCCUAUUUACAUCAGAAGAAUUUAAAAGAUAUUUAUUUUGAGAAAUAAAAAAGUGCGGUAUUGUCAACAGUACAAGCUGUGGAAAUUUCCUUUGGAGCUUUGAUUUUAAUUUCCAGAAUAAGCUUAUGAUGAUUAUUCUUUUCAAACACGAUCUUAUCAAAAUACAUGCUGUAUUCACUUGACGCAUCUAAAUUAUCCAUCGCUUAUUAACAUUAAAUACUACUAAAACUGUAUUUUUAAUGUUAAAUGACGACCUAAUGUUGAAACUUAAAAUUUUGUAUUACUUUUAGUACGCGACUAAAUUGUACUUUAUGGAAAUUUUGCAGAAUCAAAUGCUUUAUGUAGGUCGAUAAAUACUAGGUUGUGCGGGCACAAUACUUGCUUAUAUAUUUUCAAUGACAUACUUUAAGCGAAAUACAUUUUCCUUGAAUACUGAUUACACUGACACAAGUUUGAUAGCUAUCGCCACGUUGAGUUUCGAUAACUAAGUUUAGUAUUCAGUAUCUGUAGAUGAUAACUAAAUGCACUUUAGACAUAUAUGUGUUUUGAUGCAGUUUUAGUAGUGUUUUUAAUAUGACUAUAACCAAGAGCUCCAGAAAUCUCAACUUAAUCAUGAAUAACCAUCCGUCUGUCUUUGUGACUCUUUUCCAUUUCUACCAUUAAUUCUACUAAUUAAAAUUGACCAGCGGGAUACGUGUUAGCAUUGAUCCCCAUUUUAAUUUUCCAUAUUAGUUUUAUAACGAAAAAACAAAUUAUUUUUCCAUAAAAAUGAUGUCUUCUCCACCUUUUAUUUGUAAAUGAAGGGAUAAAUUUGCCCUCUCAGUGUAUUUCAUUGCAAUUGCACACUACAUAUCUCACUUUUAUAUGUGAAUGUGGAAACACCCUUAGCGACUCGGUUCUAACCAAACUCGAUACUUUGAUAUAUUUCAUAUUCUACUCACACUCAUUUUGAAAUAUAGUUUUCAGUUAAAGAUAACAGAUCUUUUAGAUGGUCACUUUACAUUAAGAUAAAUUUUUAAAAGUAUUUUACCUUCAGUUGGCUUUUAAAUUCGAGCCAAUGUAUAAAUACUGUAUAUUUUGUAAAAUUUCUCAACUAUAUAUGUGUAUCUAUUUUUUUAAAAUGUAUUUCUUGUAAUCGAGAGAUUGUAUUUAAAUUAAUAUAAUUAUAAAGUGGCAGACUGUAUUUAUUAUUAUAAAAAAGUUGUCAGAGCAAGAUUGUCAUCAGGGAGAGCUAUUGGAGAUAUUUCUGAAACAAAUUGUCAUGUCAAAUGCUAUAUUGACACUACAAUGAUCAGGUGGUACAGUUUUAACUGAUUCGCUUCAGAGCAUUAGUUAUAUAGUAUAUAUUAUAUAUGAGUAUAUGUCAAAAACUAGCUCUAACUAGGAAUAACGCAUUCUAUCUAAAAACUAGUUUUAACUAAUAUAUUUAAAUCUAUAAACGCCUAUUGAGCAAAGUAGGACUAUUUUUUAAAAUAUUACAGCCAUUUACUUCUAAUAACUUCUUAUUGAUUUCGUAAAGAAAUUGAUAAUGAUGGUUAUACAACAUAAUGGUACUUCCACUUAGUCUUUUUUUGAACUACACUAUAUAUUCUUCAUAUUUUUUGUACCGUACUAGGAAAGUGCAGCGAUAGCAAACAUGUUAAUCUCGAUACAUUAAAAAGUUGCUCUAAAUUGUAUUUUAAAUAUUAUUAAUUAUUUGUUGUUAUUCUGAUUUUAAAGCAAAUAUCAAUAGUAAUCAUUAUUCUAUAUAUUUUGAAAGAAAUUGCUAACGAAUGUCUACAAUAUUCACUCUUAUUUUGUCCCAACAACUUUUCUUUCACGUUACAUUGCUCUAAACAAUGGAGACUCCUUUAAUAGAUCAUCAAGAAGUCCAUGUAAUUAACAAAGAUAA